UAUGCAAACAUUUGGAAAGAAAGGAAAAGGAUAUAUUCUUCAAGAGAUGUGCUGCAAAAGCAAGUAGGAUUCAUAUAGGCCCAAUGUAGGUUAUAUCUCAAUCCAUUAAAAAUAUAUAUUUGUCUGGUGCUACUAAAAUGUUUAUGUUAGAAGCACCAGUGCUACCAAUGGACAUUCAUUUCGAGCCAUGAGAACAUAGAUAAUUGGAAUAAGGGAAGACAAUGAGCAAGGAAACUAUUCAACCGGCAGUGCCAAUGAGAGGUGUGGCUGUCAAUACAAGUAGGUCCACGGGGUAAGAGGUACCGUUGUCAAUGGCUCCACCUUUUGGAAUAUAUGUUAAAUAUGCACAAUAUUGAAAAUAAUUUAAAUCAUCUGGAUAUAGAGCUACAGAAAAUGAUCUGUAUGUGAACUAAUAACCCCAACUGUAAUAUCAUAAAUAUUUGCAAAAGAAUACAAUGGUAGGAAGUUGGAAAAAAUGAAAGGUGUACCUUUUCAUAAGAGCUCUAAAUGAACCCACCACACUUGUUUGUAGAUCUGUAGCUCAUAUGGAUAGUGAGUUAUUGAAAAUAAAACCCAUAACUGGAAAUAAACAUAUCAAAACAGUGCAAUGGAAAAUGGAAAUUCUAAUGGGUGGACUAUGGGUGAGGGAGGUCUGUGACCUAACAUCAAGUGGUUUUACAGGUAUAUGUAUUUUGGAUAAUAAACUAUUGAAAAUUAGAUCUGUACUUGAACAAAUAACCACAGCUGUAAUAGGAUAAAUAUUUGUAGAAAAUCAAAGGGGAGGAAUGUAGAAAAAAAAGGUAUAGCUUUCAAAGAGAGGCAAAGGAACCCAAUGCCCUUGUCUGUAGUUCUGUAGUUCAUAUGGAUAGGAAGGUAUUGAAAUUUAGACCUGUAACAAGAAAUAUGCCUAUAAAAUCAGAGAAGUGGUGAUCUGGAAAUAUUAUAAAUAUAGCAUGGAUGAGGGGGUCAGUGACUUCACAUGGAUAGGAACCUUCAAAUAUAGCACCCUUAGUAAGAGAGGUAACUAAUUCAAUGGGGCCUUCAGCGACUGGAGGCCCUAUGCAGUGUAUGUAAUCUUCAUAUAGGUCUAACCCUCCUGAAUGGGAACGCAACCCCCCCUUUUUUUUUUGCUUACACACAAUCACCAUUAUUGCACUUUUGUGACGGUCCCUAAACCACGGAGCGCAAGAAAACAGUAUAUUGCCUCCUUUUUGGCUCUGUUAAGGGAAGAUUUCGACUACCGGUAAAAACAAAAGAUGUACCUUGCUCUCUACCAUAACUUGAUUCUAGAUAUAUCACUCUCAUCAUCCUAGGACCUUCUGUCGGAGAGCUAUUGACGAGGAAACUGAAUAAAACAAAUGUACUGCUGUCUUUUGAUGACGGAGGAUUGUUUCGACCUUUCUUUUCCUAAAUAAGGUUUAACUAAUGCCAUACUUAAAAAAAAAUGAAAUAGUGUUUACUUAGAGUUAAAAGAAGUGUGGACUUUGACCCGUGUCAGAACAGCAGCAGCAACAUUCACAGGAAACAAAACAGCUGCGAGGACAAUCUUUGUGGAGUUGUAAAUUGGUUUGUUGUCGCUGUCCAUGGUGCUGAUGUUCCAGGAAUGGUGGAGACGCUAAGUAUCGCCGUUAUUGGAGCUCCCGGAGUCGGGAAAACUUCCAUAAUCCGUCAAUUUAUUUAUAAUGACUUCUCAGAGGUUUACACUCCAACCAGAGACAGGUAUGUGUACAGACCCUCUGUAAUUUUGAACGGUAACAUGUACGACCUGAAGAUUUUGGAUGUCCCGCCAAUUUCGUCGUUCCCCUCCAGCUCGAGCCAGGAGUGGCUGGACCUGCGUUGCAGAGGGGUGCGUAAUGCCAAUGCUUACAUCCUGGUCUAUGACAUCUGCUGUGUGGAGAGCUUUGAGUAUGUCAAGAUGAUCCGCCAGCAGAUCGUGGAGCACAGGGAGGGCAGCAGCAGUGAGGUUCCCAUCCUGGUAGUGGGAAGUAAGAGGGACCUGCAGCGCCAGCGCUUCACCCCUCGCAGGGCUGUCUCUGUACUCGUCAAGAAGACCUGGAAGUGUGGCUAUGUGGAGUGCUCUGCCAAGUUCAACUGGCACGUGGUCCUGCUCUUCAAAGAGCUGCUGGGCAUCGCUGUGGCGCGCGGCAUGAAACAUAACCACACCCCUGGGAUCCGCCUACAAGGGGCACUGCAGAGGAACCGCUGCGCCGUCAUGUGACCCAGUGGAUUCCCCCCGUUGUAGGUUGAAGUUGCCCCUAGGCACUAAUUUGGGGUCAGUUUCACUUUCCCCCCAGUAAUGGCUAAGGCUAGGGUUGAGAAAGGGGAACAAGAUCCUAGAUCUAUACCUAGGGGAAACUUCACCCCGGAACAGUUCCUCCCCACCUGCAGUGUGUGCAAACCCACAGUUUCAUCAGCUGUCCAGUUGGCUGGUUUCAGAUGAUCCUGCACCUAUGCCAGAGCCAUAAGAGCCUCCCAGUCACACCUAAGGGUGAAUAAUAGGUAUUUGGAGAAGAUGACUUCAAUGUAAACGGCUGGAAAACACACUGAGGCCUCCUGCUUUACAGAGCUGAUUUUCUUAUGAGGUUUAUGUGACUCCUGCGCUGUAGCUACUAGGACUGACCUUUGGCCCAGUAUAAGAAGUACAUCUUUAUCACCUAUCGGAACACUCCAGUUCUGUCUCAAUGUUCCGAUUGAGAGAAAGGAAGAAGAGGAAGAGGAUGAAGAAGAGGGUUUUUUAAUGGAUUUAGAGAAAUGGAGCAGCUAUAUCACUUCCAUAGCUCUGGUCAAAGUUAGACACACAAUUAUCACCACACCACCAGGUGUGGUACCGAGCUCCCCAGAUCACAAGGCAACAGCUCCUCAUACUGAUGGUUAUCUGCUGGUUUGAGAGCUUGGGGACUGUGUGCAUCUAGUGGAAAUAGGUACCAUUACUAACAUGACUGGAUAUUUCCUCUCCAUAUUAGCUUAUACAUGUGAAGGAAUGCAACUUCUUUAAAAGUCUUCCUUUUUCAAACCGUGUGUGGUAAUGUCAUGUGAGGUAGACAAAUGCCCUGGCUGUCGUACUUGAAAUUGCAUUAUUCUAAUGGCGAUAGAUGUAGAGUAGGAAAGCCUAGGUUAGAAGGGUAGUGUGGUAGCUGGUAAACAUAGGUGAGUCAACAAGAUAGAUGGCCUACUCUUGGUUUACCACAUGCACAUCCUACAUGCAGAAUAUUACAAAAUGCUCUGAGGCCAGGUUGAGUGGUACUGUAGCAGGACAACAUAGUCCUCCAGAACACACCCACUAAGCAGUUAACCAUUUGAUGUCUUGAAUUCAAGAAUUAAACAAACUAACAUUCAAACAUUCCCUGUUCGAUACCAUUCCACUUAUUGUCACUAAUUGUGAUUGUUAUGAAAUUGUAGUACUGUCACUCCCUCUUCUCAUUUAAAGUAUAUUGUUUAGAGGAGGAUGUGAGGUUCUCUUGCAGCAAAAAACACUGCAGUCGUUAAUCCCCUCCCUCCCUCCCUCCCUCCCUCCCUCCCUCCCUCCCUCCCUCCCUCCCUCCCUCCCUCCCUCCCUCCCUCUCCUCGUCCUCUAUCUGUGUGUUUCUGAUGAAUACAUUAUCUCCAUGGUGCUCUGGGGCCUGCAAGGCGCUCUGGUGCAACCUGAAGAGGCAGUGGUAUAGACAUGAAAUGUGAGGCGGGGAUAGUGGGCAGGGGGUGUGGUUUUGGCGAAUACGUGGGAUGAUUUUGAAAUGCUUGUCAUGUUAUGCACAGGUUGAUGGGCAGGCAAUGGAAGAAGAAAAGAGAGAGGUAGUGACUGUUGUGGGGAGCAAUAAGCUGCAGAGCACCUUGACCAGCCGGACAAGCUGUCUCCAACCACAGACAUCCUGCGCUAUACUAGAACACCUCACAUAGAAUGUAUAAAACCUCCCUCCUCUUGGAUAUACUCAGACCACACACAAGGUAGGAGACACCCAUAGCAUACUAUGUAUUGGCAUCCUACCACUCAAACACGCAUAAUACUUUCUGCAAAUUUCAAAGCAAUGUCUGAAUUGUGCAAUAUAUUUUUAAUGUUUGAGAAUGUGGUAAAAAUGUGUCCUAUGAUUACAGACACCCUGUGACAAUGUUUGCACUGAAAAUGAGUACCUGUACUGUGUAUACGUACAUGCAUCAUUGAUUUGCAUGCUUUUGCUGCCAAGCUAGAAGGUCAGGGUUUAAUUGCACUGGUGUGAUUAUGUGUAGCUGUAAUUAUUUACCUGUGUGUACACUAUAUAUACAAAGUAUGUGGACAUCCCUUCAAAUUAGUGGAUUUGGCUAUUUCAGCCACACCCAUUGCUGACAGGUGUAUAAAAUCGAGCACACAGCCAUGCAAUCU